AGUACGGGAGCCACACAAAAAAAUACAUAUUUGUGUAUUUAUUUUUAUGACAGGAGAAUUCCGUUUGGUUUUGGAUAGAUAGUUCGCUUAAUCAGUUAUUAUAGCAUUUUGAAACUAACCGGCCACUGUGCAUAUAUUUAAAUAAUAAACUAUAUAGACCUGAGUUUAUUUCGUGUAGGAAUUUUUCUGGAAUUGAUCGAUUGUCCCUUAAAUAUAAUCUGUGGAGUUGCUGCAGAAGUACAUUUUACUGGGUGAAGGCGACUCGUCACAAACUGUAAAACGAAGGAUCUGGGCGUUUUAUAUUACAUCUUAAACCAUGACCAAGCACGAGUUCUCUGUUGAUAUGACCUGUGAAGGCUGCUCCGGUGCUGUAACCCGUGUCCUUAAUAAACUCGGGGGUGUCCAGUUCGACAUUGACCUGCCCAACAAGAAGGUUUUUAUUGAGUCAGAGCACAGCGUGGACCUGCUUCUGGAAACAUUGAAGAAGACUGGGAAAAAUGCCACAUAUGUCGGUGCUAAAUAGAAAACCGUGUCAUGAAAGAAAUGAGGUAUGCGACUCCGUUGGAACUGAAGGAAAAGGAGCAGCAACAUCAAAUCAUAACCUGCAAACACUGUGGAAAUCAUAGUGGCCUCUUCUGUUCUCUUUUGUCCUUUUCUGUGCUUUGGGGAACCAGUAGAAUUUUUUAUUUUUGGAAGGGGGAAAAAAAAAGCUGUACAAUUUAACUCCAUCGUCCAUUAAUGUAAUAUCUCUAUUCCAUGUAUAUGUCUAUGUUUCGAGUCAAUUAAACUGUGUACCAUUGCAUUGCAUAUGAAA